UGUGGUUAUGUCUCUUCAGAGAGAUCCAAAUAGAAAGUUUGUGUUUGCUGAGAUGGCAUUCUUUCAUAGAUGGUGGGUAGAACAGAGUCCAGAAAUUCAAGAACAAGUGAGAAAGCUUGUGGAUGCUGGCCAGCUCGAAUUCGUGAAUGGAGGAUGGUGCAUGCAUGAUGAAGCAGCACCACAUUACAUAGACAUGAUAGAUCAAACAAGUUUGGGACAUAGAUUCAUAAAACAAGAGUUCAACAAGACACCUCGUUCUGGUUGGCAAAUUGACCCUUUUGGACACUCUGCUGUUCAAGCUUAUCUUCUAGGUGCUGAGGUUGGUUUUGAUUCAGUUCACUUUGCAAGGAUUGAUUAUCAAGACAGAGCAAAGCGCAAAGUUGAUAAGUCACUUGAAGUUGUGUGGCGUGGUUCCAAAACAUUUGGUUCUUCUGCUCAGAUUUUUGCUAAUGCUUUUCCUGUUCAUUAUAGUGCUCCAAACACUUUUAAUUUUGAAGUCAAUAAUGAAAACUUGAUCCCAUUACAGGAUGAUCCUCUUCUUUUUGACACCAAUAUCAAACAGCGUGUUGAAGAUUUUGUUAAUGCUGCUACUAGUCAAGCAAGUGUGACAAGGACAAACCAUAUAAUGUGGACAAUGGGUGAUGAUUUUCAAUACCAAUAUGCUGAAAGUUGGUUCAAGCAAAUGGAUAAAUUGAUUCACUAUGUUAAUUUGGAUGGGAGAGUGAAUGCCUUGUAUUCUACUCCAUCUAUUUACACUGAUGCCAAAAAUGCUGCUAAUGAAACAUUGCCAUUGAAAAUUGAUGAUUAUUUCCCGUAUGCUGAUGGAGCAAAUGCUUAUUGGACAGGAUACUACACGAGUCACCCUGCCCUCAAGCGAUACGUUAGGUCGCUAAGUGGAUACUAUUUGGCAGCACGCCAACUCGAGUUUUUGGCUGGAAAGAAAUCUGCAACUGGAAGUAAUACAUUUGACCUUGGAGACGCUCUUGGAGUUGCACAACACCAUGAUGCUGUCUCUGGCACAGCCAAACAACAUGUAACUAAUGACUAUGCUAAAAGACUGGCUAUUGGAGCUUCUAAGGCUGAAAAAGUUACUAGCUCUUCUCUGGCUUGUCUUUCUGGCAAGAAAUCAAAUGGUCACUGUUCAGCUCCUGCAACGGAAUUUGCUCAGUGUCAAUUACUCAACAUCAGUUACUGCCCACAAACAGAGGACAAUAUUCCAGAGGCUAAGAGUUUGGUUGUAGUAUUGUAUAACCCACUUGGAUGGAAUCGCACUGAGAUUGUUAGAAUACCAGUUAAUGAUGAUAAUCUUGUUGUCAAAGAUUCUUCUGGAAAUAUCAUUGAAGCACAGUAUGUGGACACAGAUAAUGUAACAAAAAAUUUAAGAAGCUUCUAUGUUGAGGCCUAUUUAGGGGUGCAACCAAAAGAAGCACCAAAAUAUUCACUUCUGUUUCAAGUUUCAGUACCUCCACUUGGAUGGAGUACCUACUUCAUUUCGAAAGCAUCUGGAAAUGGUAAAAAAAGAAGUCCUUUCCUUUCACAGCUCGUCAGCGGCGACACCGUUACCAUAGGACCUGGGGAUUUAAAGAUGUCAUUUUCUUCAACUUCUGGACAACUUCAACGGAUGUUUAAUUCCAAAACUGGAGUUGAUAUACCGGUUCAACAAAGCUAUCUCUGGUAUGCUUCUAGUGGAGGCAACUUUCCUGAUUAUCAGGCUUCUGGUGCAUACAUAUUCCGGCCUACUGAAUCCCCGCCAACUGUUGUUUCAAGAUCAGUUCCCUACAAAGUAAUCCGCGGGCCACUAGUUGAUGAGAUUCAUCUAGAGUUUAGCUCUUGGAUUUACCAGGUUAUUAGGCUUUACAAAGACAAAGAUCAUGCUGAAGUUGAAUACACUGUUGGUCCAAUUCCAACUGAUGAUGGAGUUGGAAAAGAGGUGAUCACACAAAUAACAGCAAAUAUGGCUACAAACAAGGAGUUUUAUACUGAUUCUAAUGGAAGAGAUUUCCUGAAAAGGGUUCGAGAUCACAGAGAAGAUUGGCCCCUUCAAGUUACUCAACCUGUGGCAGGAAACUACUAUCCAAUUAAUCUUGGAAUUUAUGUUAAGGAUCAGAAAUCUGAACUCUCUGUCUUAGUUGAUCGUGCCACGGGUGGAGCGAGCAUUAGAGAUGGAGAGAUGGAACUAAUGCUUCACAGGCGUAUUCUCCAAGAUGAUGGUAGAGGAGUAGGAGAAGCUCUUGAUGAAAUAGAUUGUGCAAAAGAUUAUGGAUGUAAAGGACUAACAGUGAGAGGAAAUUACUACCUUGGCAUCCACAAGCUAGGAUCUGGUUCCCGGUGGCGUCGGACAGUUGGUCAGGAGAUUUACUCACCCCUCUUGUUGGCUUUCACAUAUGAGAGCUUGAAAAAUUGGAAGUCAUCUCAUGUGACAAAAGGAACUGUCUUGGAGCCAAAUUACAGCUUGCCUCCCAAUGUUGCUCUGCUAACUCUUGAGGAGUUGGAUGGUGGAAGUGUGCUUCUCCGUUUGGCACAUCUAUAUGAGCAAAGUGAAGAUGCUGAGUAUUCAACUCUGGCCAAAGUUGAACUGAAGAAGUUGUUUGCCAGAAAACAGAUAAAAGAGUUGAAGGAGAUGAGUUUAUCAGCUAACCAAGAGAAAUCAGAAAUCAAGAAAAUGAAUUGGAAUGUUGAAGGGGAGAUUAAUGGAAAAGAACCUAAACCACUUAGGGGUCGCCCUGUUAAUACUUUCAAUUUUGUUGUUGAGCUUGGUCCUAUGGAAAUACGCACAUUCUUGUUGAAAUUUUAGAGAACUAUGUAUUAUAUGAUCUAUUCUCAAAAGUGAACAUUGGUUUACAUAAAUAAAUAAAAAUUGAAUAAUGAUGAUUUCAUUUGAAUAAAUAAACAUGGUUCCUAUUUAU